AGACACAUGCUUUUCUACCUUUUUUUUCUAUUUUUAUCUCUCUAAAAAUUUCACCAUAGAUAUAGAAAGCUUGCUCUCUGAAUACAGAGACAGAGGGAAGCAAAUUAGAAAAAGCAAUUCCACAAACUAAAAGAGAGACAGAAGACUCAAAUAAUUGGCGUGCUUUAUAAUUGGCUUAACCAAAGUUUAAGUCUUUACUCCAUUUCUCUUCUUCCAUGGCUUAAAAACAUGAUUCACUUCCUCAAGGUCUGUCUUUUUCAUAUCUGAUCAAAAGGGCUUCGAGUUUGGCCUUGGAUCUCAGGGAAUCCCAAGAAAGUUUGGAUUUUUAGAUUAGUUUUAGGGGUUUGUUGUCUUUGAUUAUGUGGAUGGCUACUCGAUCUAGUUCUGGGUUCGGUCAUGAGGGUUCCUCUUUGAGUUCUAUAAAUUUCCAGACGAAUACUUCUUCUUCAGAGAUGGGUCCUUACUUUGGUCGAAGUGGUGGCUUGUUGGGGAUGAAUAUGAUGAGCAAUAAUGCUAACUCUGGGCUUGUUCAAAAUGGGUAUUCGUCAAAUUCUUCUCUUGAUUCGGUUUCUGGGCUCAAGGUAGAUGCUCCCUUGGCUAGUGAAUGGUCAACUGAAGAACAACUCAGACUGGAGGUUGGCCUUGAGAAGUAUAAGGAUAAGCCAAGUAUCAUGAAGUAUAUUAAAAUUGCAGCCACUUUACCUGACAAAACUGUUCGAGAUGUUGCUUUGCGCUGUAGAUGGAUGACGAGAAAGAGAAGAAAAGCCGAAGAACAAAACUGUGGAAAAAGAUUCAGUUAUAGCAAGGACAAGCAGGUGGAAUUGACUUCGAGCAUACCUUCUGUUUCCCCUUCUAGCAUGGCUUCGUACCCUUUCUUAAUGCCCUCUACAACCUCCUCAGAUUUAAGUGGCAAUGCAUUCAGUCUCUUAGACCAAAAUGUAAGAGCAUUUAGUCAAAUCAGAGCUAAUCUCUCCUCCUACAAGGCACAUGAUAACGUAGAUCUCUUCUAUCAGGCAAGGAACAACCUUAUCAGGAUCCAAAAUGACAUGAAUAAUAUGCCUGGCUUGAUGAGCCAGAUGCCACCAUUGUCUGUUGCAAUCGAUGAUGAUCUCUCAGCUAUCUUAUUUAGUAAUUCAACUUCGGCGGUGCCUUUCAACUCAAUGCAAAAUGGCGGUUUCCAUAUGAAGCAAGAGCCUUUUGGGUGACUGAUGAAGUCAUCUGGUAUCGCUUAAUCAUCUGUAAAUGAUCUUAAAAAGAAGCUGGAGAGCUCACUAUAUAUAUAUAUAUAUAGUUUUUUUUCUUUUCAUCAACCGCAUCUUUAUCUCAAGUUUGUAGAAAAUGUGAUUCUUUCGUAUCACUAAAGAUCUUUGAAAGUGCCGUAAUCUUAAGAAAGGAGUAGUAGUCUUGGUCCUGGCUCAAGACUCAAAACCCUCUUGACAAGGUCUAUAGAUUGAUCUAUUUAGUUAAAUGCUCUUGGAGAGUUUUAAGGGAUGUGUAUAAAAUGAUAUGAUUCUAUAGAAGAGAGUGUUUAGAUUUGUA